AUGUUUCGGCUACCCAGGGACAGCCCCGUCCCCAGGGACCCGCCCGCCCAGGGCAGACGGCCAGGCCCGCCCGGCCAGGGCCAGACCCGGCGCAGGGCCGACGCCCCCCUGGCCGACCCCGACCCCAGGACAGCCCGCCCGGGCCAGCCCCGGCCCAGGGACAGACCCCGGCCCCAGGGACAGCCGCCCCAGGACCGCGGCCCCCGGCCCAGCCCGGCCCAGGGCACGCCCGACCCCGGGCCAGACCCGCCCCAGGGCCAGCCCGGCCCAGGGACAGACCCGGCCGGGACAGACCGGCCCCAGGGACAGACCUGGCCCCAGGGACAGACCGGCCAGGGGACCCGACCCCAUGGACAGACCCGGCCCCCCGGGGACAGACCCGCCAGGGACCGCCCCGGCCCCCGGGACCCGACCGACCCCCCAGUUGACCAGCCGACCCCGAGACAGGACCCGACCCCAAGCGACCGCCCGACCGGGAAGCACCGGCCCGGGACAGCCGGCCCCGGGCCAGACCGGACCCGUGACCGACCCGGCCCAGGCAGACCGGCCCCAGGGACCGACCGGCCAGAGACAGACCCAGGCCCCAGCGCCCAGACGGCCAGAGACGCCCGCCCAGGGAAGACCCGUCCCCAGUGCCAGGCCCCGGCCCAGGGCCCGACCCGGCCGCCGGGCUCCAGCCGGCCAGAGACAGACCGUCCCCAGGGACAGACCCGGACCAGGGACAGACCGGCCCAGGGGACCGACGGCCAGGGACAGCCCGGCCUGGGACCAGACCCGGCCAGGGACCGACGGCCGCGGGACGACCGGCCCCAGGGCAGGUCACGGCCCCAGGGAACAGACCACCCAGGCAAUACCCGACCCCAGGGCCAGACCCGACCCCCGACCACGACCCGGCCCCGAGCCCGACCCCCCAGGCACAUACGACCCCCGGGACCGGCCCGACCCCAGGCACAGACCGACCAACGCCGAGAUUAUUAUGAAAUGAUCUUCAAUCGACACAGUAACAUUACCAUGACGCAAUGGACGCCAAGGCUGCAUAAGGCAAUUUAUACAUUGAUUUAA